AUGGCAACCAGCUUGGACUUUGUCUUUGACCCGGCCGUCAUCACCCCCGAGAUCAAGUCGCUUUAUCCUGCGGGGUACACCAUCCGCCCUCUUGCGCGCGACGACUAUCACCGCGGCUUCUUCCAAUGCUUACAAGACCUCACCGCGACGGGCGAUAUUACUGAGGCACAGUACCUCGAUCGCUUUGACUGGCACAAAAACCAUGGGCGGGGCUGGUACUACUGCGUUGUGAUAGUGGAUGCGACCGACCGGAUUGUUGGCACCGGGGCUAUGGUUGUCGAGAAGAAAUUUAUUCACAAUCUCGGGAUCAUCGGCCACAUCGAAGACAUCACUAUCGCGAAGGACCACCAGGGUAAACACUUCGGGCAGAAGCUGAUCAACACAUUGGAUGGUAUUGCUGUGAACGUGGGCUGCUACAAGACGAUCCUCGACUGCGCGGCGCGAAAUGAGGGUUUCUAUGCUAAAUGUGGCUACGAAAAGGCAGGCACAGAAAUGUCGCAUUAUUAUGAGGAAUUCAAGAGCGACUACGAGCGUGGUUAG